UCGGGUGCUUUCCCAUCUUACGGCAAGUAACAUUGUCAGCUAGUGAAAAAUUUAAGCGUUUUCCAUUCCAAUUCGUGCGUUCCUAUCGCGUUGAUUUCCACGAUCAGUUUGGUGUAGUUAUUAGCCUUGCUAUGAAAUGUCCUACGGUCACAUUUUGUUGUAUCAUUGCACACAUUUACUGGACCUUAAUUGCAGCUGUGCCAUCACCGCAAUCGAACCAAAUUCUCCGAAAUGGAACCAAGGCUGUAGACGUUGAUAUCGUUGACACAAGGCAGCUGUCGUCCGCUAAUGCCAUCAGCCAACAUUUCUCUACAAGCGGUCGAAGUCUCGAGGAAGCACGGAUGACUACGGUUGAAAUCAUUCGUAAUAGAGGCUACGCUGUUGAGGUCUAUAAAGUGACAACCGAAGACGGCUACAUUCUCGAACUUCAUCGAAUUCCGUAUGGCAAAGGACAAUCAUCCGACCCAAGUGUUAAGAGACAACCCGUCUAUCUCCAACACGGAUUUCUCAACACUGACAAUGUGUGGCUCAUUAACCCAGUUGACAAAGCCCUGGCCUACAUCCUGGUUGAUACUGGUUUAUAUGACGUGUGGCUCGGCAAUAUUCGAGGCAAUACCUAUUCGCGCGCACAUGCAAGUUUGGACAUUUCGGAAGACGCUUACUGGGAUUUUUCAUUCGAUGAAAUGGGAUACUAUGACAUUCCUGCCGUUAUCAAUUUCGUGCUUAAUAAGACCGGGCGCAAAACGAUAAGCUAUGUCGGUCAUUCAAUGGGAUGUGCCGUAUUCUACGUUUGCAUGUCGUUGCGUCCCGAAUUCAACGCCAAAAUAGACAUAAUGAUCGCUUUGGCACCGGCAACAUCCAUGGCGAAGGCUCAGACUAGCAUUCGCUAUCAAGCGCGAUUCAUAAACCAGUUGGUGGCAUUUUACCGGAUUUUUGGGAUCCGUGUCUACGAACCAGUUGAUUCUCCGUCCAACAAUUUCCGGAAAACGUUCUGCGGUCCUAAUUUAAUCUUGCGCAACUCCAUCUGUCGAAAUUCCAUAUUCAGCACAACUGGUGACAACUAUCGUGGUAUCGAUGUGGAUAUUCUGCCAGUGAUUGACGGCCACAAUCCAGCAGGAACUUCAGUGAGAACAGCAGCACAUUUUGCUCAGAAUUUCAACGCUGGUCAGACUUUUCAAAGAUAUGAUUUUGGUCCUUCAGAAAAUCUGUUACGUUACGGACAGCAAACUCCUCCUGCUUACGAGUUGUCUAAAGUCACGUCUGCUGUCUAUAUUUUCUGGGGAGAAAGCGAUAAAGCUGUUGCUCCAGCGGAUGUCGCUUGGUUGGCUUCAAAAUUGGGAAACUUGAAGUCUUCUACCCGGAUUGAAGAUCCGGAGUGGAAUCACGUCAAUUUUCUAUUUUCCACGGAUGCCAAACGGCUUGUAUACGACAAGUUCAUUCCACUUCUUCCCAAAGCCACUUAAAUCUUAAUUAAUGAUUUAAUUAAUAAUAAGCAACGGGAUUUUUCCAACUAAUUUUUUUACACGAAAAC